AUGCUGUGGCAGCUUGCCAGUGAACGGGCUGUAACAUGCCUGUCGGGAAGCCCCAGCUUGCUGCGAGCUUCACAAAUCGCACGACGCCAUACUACAGGACAGCGAUGGAAUAGCGCGUACACCUGGCUCACGAGAACACCGGAAGCCAUUACUUCACAUGAUAUUGUUUCAUCUUUACCAUCAGUAACUCACGAGAGCAACUUAUGCCAUGUCCCCCUCCUAGUCGUCACGCCGAAUCUCGCCCAUUUGCUCAAUCCAACAUCUCCAUUCCUUCGCGACUUUAUGAACAAACUACUUCGAAAUACUCUUCAAGGGCCGAAUACCAUUUAUGCGAUCGCGGCCGUUGUUGACCGGAUUCCGAACAAUGCCACAAAACCGCAGCUUGGGCCCUUAUUAGCAGAUGGUGAGGUAGGGGAAUAUGAUGGCAUAUCCAUGUUGAUGGUCAGGGAAGACGAUGUACAAUGGAAAGCCACGCCACCUCGUCGAAUUGGAAGCCCAGCUAGCGAAGAAGCUAGCCUUACGGUCUCUGUUAGGGAUGAAUCAUCCGUUCACGCGGUCGGCCUACGCCUUACCAACACCGUCUUCAUCAAUGGAAGCGAACGAACCUUCAUGGGUAUGCGCUGGAUUACAGAAAAUGAUGAAUACGUCUUGGAAAAAUGUACAGAUCUUGCAAGCUGUGUUGUCGGAUCUACACAAGGAAAUGUUCGCCCGAGGAUGAUGCUUCCGCUAGAGCCGGUCACUCAGCGACGAAAGGUGAUAACAGGAAUGGGGAAUAUCCUGCGACAGCUAGCAAAAUCGACUGACGGGUCUUCAAAUGAACCAAUGCCUGCCUCCACUGAGCUGGAGAAGGAGCUUCCACGGUAUAUUGAAGAUCAUAAUAUUGCCGAUCGAAGAGUUUCAGUCUGGGCUUUGGUCGAGGCACCUGACGUGGAGAUUGCCCAUCCCAAUUCUUCCAUCCCAGAUCGGCUCACACGGUCACUGUCGCAGGGAGGUAAAUUGCAUCGCGUCAUGAGUGGUGGAGGUGGUUGGGGAAAGAAGCAGGGCCUUCUCUCCUUGGAUCCAGAAGUUGCCUUCCCAGCUAUCACUCGCCAUAACAAGGCUGCCAGCCUGGAUCAACUGUUUGAAUCAGAGUCCAGUGCCAAUGAACCUCUGAAGAUGCCAUCAUUUCUGCAAAAUGGCUUGAUCGGAGAGGAUCUUUCCCAUCUCUCCCAGGUUGCCAAUCCAGGAGAUUUCAUCCAGUUUUUUGUGGCAGUAGAAUCGGCAUCAUCCCUUGUGCUCGAGAGUCAAGAAGGAUUGUCAUACUCUUUUGGCAUGGUUUCGGAUCCCGAAGAACUGCAAGCCCGAGGAGCAGCCAAUGGAGAAGAAAAGCACCUUGAAGUUAUCGCCGACGCGUUUGGUGCCAUGUCUGAGAAGGCUAUCACAUAUUCCCAACCAGUGCUCCAGGGCAGUAAGGUCAUUGAAUCCAGCACGAAGUUGGACAUUCCAGGGUGCAGAGUAAUCCUGCAGUCUAACAGAUUAUAA